AUGUACUGGACUGACUGGGGUGAAGUGCCAAAGAUCGAGCGUGCAGGGAUGGAUGGGACACAACGAUCUGUUAUUAUAGACGCUGACAUUUAUUGGCCAAAUGGCCUUACUUUGGACUAUGAAGAGCAGAAGCUUUACUGGGCUGAUGCAAAACUCAGUUUCAUCCACAAGUCCAACCUGGAUGGCACAUUUCGACAAACUGUUGUGAAGGGCUCUCUCCCUCACCCUUUUGCUCUAACCUUGUUCGGGGACACAAUAUACUGGACGGACUGGACCACACAUUCUAUCCUGGCCUGUAACAAGUAUACUGGAGAGGACCGCCGUGAGGUGGACACCAAUAUCUUCUCUCCUAUGGACAUCCAUGUGUUCAGCCAGCUGAGACAGCCAAAUGCUACCAAUCCAUGUGCUGGUCACAAUGGUGGUUGUUCUCACCUAUGUCUGAUGUCACCAGCAGAGCCUUUCUAUCAGUGUGCCUGUCCCACGGGUGUGCGCCUCAAGGAUGAUGGAAAGACCUGCAUGCAUGGUGCUACAGAGCUGCUGCUACUUGCCCGGCGGACAGAUCUCCGGCGAAUAUCCCUGGACACCCCUGACUUUACGGACAUUGUGCUCCCUCUGGAUGACAUCCGCCAUGCCAUUGCCAUAGACUAUGACCCAGUGGAUGGUUACAUAUAUUGGACUGACGAUGAGGUGCGAGCCAUUCGACGGGCUCAGGUUGAUGGUUCUUCCAGUCAGUUCAUUGUUGUCUCUCAAGUAUCCCACCCUGAUGGAAUCGCUGUGGACUGGGUGGCUCGCAACUUGUACUGGACAGACACGGGAACUGACCGCAUCGAGGUGACACGGUUAAAUGGAACUAUGCGCAAAAUUUUAAUAUCUGAAGAUCUUGAUGAACCCAGAGCUAUUGUCUUGGAUCCAACCAAUGGAUACAUGUAUUGGACCGACUGGGGAGAGAACCCAAAAAUCGAACGUGCUGCGAUGGAUGGCUCCGAUAGGCUGAUUUUGGUGAACACCUCCCUAGGCUGGCCCAAUGGUCUUGCCUUGGACUACACUGAAGGGAAAAUAUACUGGGGAGAUGCCAAAACAGACCAGAUAGAGGUCAUGAAUAUGGAUGGUAGCGGGCGCAGGGUGCUGGUGGAGGACAAGCUGCCACACAUCUUUGGUUUCACACUGUUGGGAGAUUACGUCUAUUGGACGGACUGGCAAAGACGCAGCAUUGAGAGAGUCCACAAACACACGAGCGAGCGUGAGGUGAUCAUUGACCAGCUGCCUGAUUUGAUGGGCUUGAAGGCCACAAACAUUCAUAAGCUAUCAGGUUCCAAUGCUUGUGCUGACAGCAAUGGUGGCUGCAGCCAUCUGUGCCUGUAUCGACCGCAGGGACCUCGGUGCGCGUGUCCCAUAGGGCUGGAGUUGAUCAAUGAUAUGAAGACUUGUAUUGUACCAGAGGCAUUUCUUCUGUUCUCCCGCCGAGCUGACAUCCGCCGCAUAUCGCUAGAGACCAAUAAUAACAAUGUAGCCAUUCCACUGACUGGCGUGAAGGAAGCCUCCGCUCUUGAUUUUGAUGUGACCGAUAACCGCAUCUACUGGACAGACAUCAGUUUAAAGACAAUUAGCAGGGCGUUCAUGAAUGGAAGUGCUCUAGAACAUGUGGUCCAAUUUGGCUUGGAUUAUCCUGAAGGCAUGGCUGUGGACUGGCUGGGGAAGAACCUUUACUGGGCAGAUACUGGUACAAAUCGUAUUGAGGUUUCCAAGCUGGAUGGCCUGCAUCGACAGAUACUGGUGUGGAAAGACUUGGACAGCCCACGGGCAUUGGCUCUGGAUCCAGCAGAUGGCUUUAUGUAUUGGACAGAGUGGGGAGGAAAACCCAAGAUCGACAGGGCUUCUAUGGAUGGCAAUGAGCGAAUUACUCUGGUACCCAAUGUGGGCCGGGCCAAUGGGCUGACAAUUGACUAUGCAGAGAGACGACUAUACUGGACAGACCUUGACACCAACCUCAUUGAGUCGUCCAACAUGCUGGGACAAGACCGAGAAGUGAUAGCUGAUGACCUGCCUCACCCUUUUGGGCUGACCCAGUACCAGGACUUUAUAUACUGGACAGACUGGAGCCGCAGAAGUAUCGAGAGAGCCAAUAAAACCAGUGGCCAGAACCGAACCAUCAUACAGGGCCACCUGGACUAUGUCAUGGAUAUCCUAGUGUUUCAUUCCUCCCGACAGUCUGGCUGGAACGAGUGCGCAUCCAGUAACGGUCACUGCUCUCACCUCUGUCUUGCCACGCCUGUCAGUGGCUACACCUGCGGCUGUCCUGUCCAUUAUUUCCUGAACCCAGACAACAAGACAUGCAGCGCGCCUAGCUCAUUCCUGCUAUUCAGUCAGAAAAAUGCCAUCAACCGUAUGGUGAUUGAUGAACAGCAGAGCCCUGAUAUCAUUCUUCCAAUUCACAACUUGCGUAAUGUGCGUGCCAUCGACUAUGACCCUGUGGAGAAGCACCUGUACUGGAUCGAUUCCCGGCAGACUAUCCGACGUGCCCUUGAAGAUGGGAGUCAGGUAACUGUGGUCUCCAACACGAAUUCUAACCAGAACCUGGACAUGCAGCCAUAUGAUAUGAGCAUUGACAUCUACAGCCGCUUCAUCUACUGGACUUGUGAAGCCACCAAUGUCAUCAAUGUUACACGUAUGGAUGGACGUGCUGUAGGCGUAGUCCUGAAAGGUGACCAGGACCGACCCAGGGCCAUUCUUGUGAACCCUGAGAGGGGGUACAUGUAUUUCACCAACUUACAGGAACGUUCAGCCAAAAUAGAGAGAGCGGCUCUUGAUGGACAGAGCGAGAAAUUCUCUUCUUCACUGGCCUAAGUAAACCCAUCGCCUUGGCUCUAGAUAACAAAUUAGGAAAACUGUUCUGGGCUGAUUCAGACUUGAGGCGGAUAGAAAGCAGCGAUCUAUCUGGGGGGAACCGCAUUGUCCUUGAGGACUCCAAUGUGCUGCAGCCAGUGGGGCUCACUGUCUUUGGCAAUCACCUUUAUUGGAUCGACAGACAGCAGCAGAUGAUUGAGCGCAUUGAAAAAACGGGACGUGAAGGACGCACCAAAAUCCAGGCUCGUAUUCAGUUUCUGACUGACAUCCAUGCAGUGACUGAGCUCAGCAUGCAGGAAUACAAGGAGCAUCCAUGUUCUCAGGAUAACGGUGGCUGUUCCCACAUUUGUAUUGUAAAGGGAGAUGGAACAACUCGCUGCUCCUGCCCCAUGCACCUGGUGCUUCUCCAAGAUGAGCUGUCUUGUGGAGAACCCCCAACCUGUUCCCCUCAGCAGUUCACCUGCUACACGGGGGAGGUAGAUUGUAUCCCUGCUGAGUGGCGAUGUGAUGGUUUCACGGAGUGUGUGGAUCACAGUGACGAGCAAAACUGCCCUAUGUGUUCUGAUACCCAGUUUCAGUGUGCCAGCGGGCAGUGUAUAGAGUCCUCACGAAGAUGUAAUGGCGAUGCAAACUGCCAGGACAAGUCUGACGAGAAGAACUGUGAUGAAAUCUGCACACCAGACCAGUUUCACUGCGGCAGUGGACAGUGCAUCAGCAAACAUCGGCGGUGCGACCACAAGCGAGACUGUAGCGACAGCUCUGAUGAACUGGGUUGCUACCCUACAGAAGAACCACCUCCACCCUCAACCAACACCAUUGGCUCUAUCAUUGGGGUUAUUCUUACGGUUUUCGUGGUGGGCGGAGUUUACUUUGUGUGUCAGCGUGUGCUGUGUCCCCGCAUGAAAGGUGAUGGAGAGACCAUGGCUAAUGACUAUGUUGUGCAUGGGCC